CUCGGAUAGCGCGGGCUGCAGCAGCCGGCCGGCGAAACCCAGCCGCUCGUCGGUGCCCGUUCUCCCCCACUCCCACGCGCGAUGCUUCGUCUCCCCACCCUCACCGCCCUUAAACCCUCGGCCCCCGCCGUCAGCUUGAACCCCAUCGGCGGAAGCCAUGGCCGACGCCGCAAACCCAUCUUCGCUUCAUCCGCUCCUCCGCCGCCUUCUCCGGCUUCACGGCCUCCCAAGCCGACCCCGGACCCGGAACCACCAAAGCCCACUCACGAGGCCCGCAGCCGAAACCCGGAGCGCCCCACCGACGCAGGGUUUGCCACGACCAAACCCCGGAAGCCGCGCCGCGGGCGCCGCAGCGAGGCGGCGGCCGUGGAGGACUUCGUCCGCGGCCGCCUGGAGCAGGUCUUCGCCUCCAUCCGGGAGCGCGACCCGGAGGUUCUCGAGGGCAAGGGCGACAUCCUGAAGUGGAAGGACGAGGAGCAGGUCCCGGAUGAGGAGGAGGGCGAGGAGUUGGGAGAGGAGGAGCAGAAGCCUGUGGUGGAGGAGGAGGACCCCAGCUGGCCGCUGGACGCUGACGUCGGGUGGGGGAUCCGGGCGUCGGAGUAUUUCGACAAGCAUUCGAUCAGGAACGUGACGGUGGACGGGGUGGAGAUCGAUUGGGAAGGGGAGGUCGACGAGGGAUGGGUCAAGGAAAUCAAUUGCUUGGAGUGGGAGAGCUUCGCAUUCCAUCCCAGCCCCCUAGUUGUCCUAGUCUUCGAGCGCUACAACAGGGCUGCUGACAAUUGGAAGUUUCUUCAAGAAUUGGAAAAGGCUGCUAAGGUAUACUGGAAUGCUAAAGAUCGAUUACCUCCUCGGACUGUGAAAGUUGAUAUAAAUAUUGAGAGAGAUUUGGCUUAUGCGCUUCAAGUAAGAGAAUGUCCACAGUUAUUGUUCCUUAGGGGAAACAAGAUCUUAUACAGAGAAAAAGAGUUAAGGACCUCAGAGGAGCUAGUUCAAAUGAUUGCCCAUUUUUACUACAAUGCAAAGAGGCCACCUUGCGUUAAUCCUGAAGCCGUGGCUUCCCUCUAGCUCCUGUAUAAAAAAAGCUGGCUUAGUGUCCUAUUCUCGACUUGAUGGCUCGGUGCUAGUCCCUAAUGCUCUCGGGAAGAAGAAGCUCCUCCUAUUCGAUCAUUUUCCAGGACAUGGUGCCCGGAGAGUGUGGAAUGAAUAUACCUAAACAAAACCAAGAAAAACCAUCUCAAUGUUGGUUGUCCCGAGUAGGGAAGUCGUAGUCUUAUACAUGGAGUAGGGAAGUUGUGGACUAAAUCAUGUAUUUUGACGAGUAGUAGUAUAGUCUAACAGAACAGAGCUUUUAGUUGUCGCUAUGACAUUCUAGAUAGUACGCGAAGAGUGCUUAGUUCACUUUCACCAUAGACAUAUUUAUUUAUAAGGUUGCAAAGUUAAUUGCAAACUAUGUCAUUGAGCAUAGUUUACUUCA